AUGGAUGAUGCAAAUGGUGAAGUGCAGAAUUUAGCAGUAAAAUGUCUUGCUCCGUUGGUUAAAAAAGUACGAGAAGCACAAUUGCAAGAAAUAGUGGAUCAAUUAUGUUUGUAUUCGACGCAACAAGGAAAAGAAGAAUUGCGUGAUAUUGCAGGAAUUGGGUUGAAAACUAUUAUUGUUGAAAUUCCAAGUAAUUCGCCAAGUGCAAACAAUGUACUACAAAGAUUGAUUCCAAGGUUGCUUUUACAAUUGGAAAAUCCAAAGGCAUCAUUCGAGGUUCAAAUGGAUACAUUGGAUAUCUUGAGUGAAUUAUUGGCUAGAUUUGGUACCAUUGUUGCAAGUAAUUCUCAGACUCAAAAAAAAAUUCAAAAUGUUUUAAUUCCACUCUUAAAACAUUCUAGAGCUGCUUUUAGAAAAAGAACCACUGUUGCAUUAGGAAAUCUCGUAACACAUGAUCCUGAUGAUCUUUUUAACGAACUUGUACAACAAUUAUUGAUUGAAUUUAGAGAAUCCGAGAAUCAAAAUGAUAAAUUGAAAACAUUAAUUCAAUGUGUAGGAACUUUAAGUCGGUCUAGUGCACCUAGACUUGGAAAACAUUUACCUGAAUUUUUACCAAUAGUAAUUGACAAAAUUAAAGUGGAUGAUGAUGAAUUAAGAGAAAAUUGUUUACAGGCAUUAGAAUCAUUCGUGUUACGGUGUCCUACAGAAAUGUCUUCACACGUCUAUACUAUAACUGAUCUUGUCCGAAGAGCAUCAUUGAAACUUUUAUCGGCAGUUAUUGCCACAAGACACGAGCUUCUAUCAUACUUUUAUCAAAAAGUUGCUCCUGUAUUGGUUUCCAGAUUCAGGGAGCGCGAAGAAUCUGUUCGUGUCGAUGAUCUUCAAACUUUCAUUGUUUUAUUAAGACAAACUUUGGUAUACGGCACUAAUACCUACAUCCCGAGAGAUGAUGAUCAUCAACCAAAAAGAGUGCGUGUUGGUACUGAAGAUUCACAAGAAAGCCCUAAACAAAUGUUAAGAAAUUUGGUUCCGAGAUUAAGUCGUAAUCUUCAUAAACAAUUACUUUCAAAAUCAAUUAUCACAAAACAAACUGGUUUCAUACUUUUACGUGAACUGAUUACAGUAUUAAAUGGAGGUCUUGAAAAUCAUCUGGACUAUUUUGUACCCGCAAUUGAAACUUCUUUAUCAACUCCAUUGGAUUCAAGUCAUCAUCAUCACAUUAGCACAAAUUCUAAUCUCAAGAUAGAAACUUUAAGUUUUCUUCGUCAACUAUUCAAAGUUCAUCCUGCUCAAGUAUUCCAUCCUCAUCUAACCAGACUAUGUCCACCCAUAAUCGCAUCCGUUGAAGAUAAAUUCUACAAAAUCACGUCAGAGGCUUUUCUAGUCUGUAUUGAGUUGAUUAAAGUCAUCAGACCAAUUGAAUACCAAGAAGACGCCAAAACCUACAACGUGCAACCAUUGGAUCCAACUUUCAAAUCCUACAUAUUGGAUAUUUAUAAUGUUACCAAAUCACGUCUUUCAACAACCGAUGCCGACCAAGAGGUAAAGGAACGUUCAAUAGUAUGUCUGGGGGUCCUUAUAUCUCAGGCUGGUGAUAAUCUAAAGAACGAACUUAAGAUUUGCAUGCCGAUAUUAUUGGAUCGUUUGAGAAAUGAGGUGACACGUUUGACCACUGUUAAAACGUUUACUAGCAUAGCUGAUAGUCCUGUUUGCAAAGGUCAAGAGGUUAAAACAGCAGUUGUUGGUGCUAUUAAUGAAGUAGCUGUUUUAUUAAGGAAAAGUCAUCGUCAAUUAAAAGUUGCAAGCUUAGUUUGUUUAGAAGUAUUCAUCAGAAGAUACGGAAACGAUUUAGGAAGUGACUCGUAUACACGUGUACUUGAAGAAUUAACACCUCUUAUUUCAGAUCAAGAUCUUCAUUUAUUACCAUUAGCUUUAAAUACUGUUGUUUCAGUUAUGCGCAGCAGCCCCAGUUCACUUGACACAAUAUAUAAAGAUAUAUUACCAUCAGUUUUUCGUCUUGUACAAUCAACUCUAGUUCAAGGAGCAGCUUUGGAUAGUCUAUUGAUUUUCUUUGAAACCUUGAUUGCCACAAAUCAGGCUGAUUUUUCUAGACUUUUCAAUGGUCUGAUGCAACCUGCUAUAACUGAAGAGUCUGGACAAUUGAUACUCUCAAAACAGGCAUAUUCCACAAUUGCCCAAUGUAUGGCUGUAUUAUGUGUUAACACGCCUAAAAAUUAUUGUUCAACAACUGUCGAUGAUUUUAUUAAUAAAAUUUCGAAUCCACAAACGUCUGAUUCCAUUAAAUAUUUGUCAUUAUUGGCUAUAGGUGAAAUAGGCAGGAAAAUUGACUUGAGUCAACAUGCAAAUUUACAUGUUACAAUUUUAUCAUUAUUCUCGGCACCAUCUGAAGAUACAAAAUCAGCUGCUGCAUUUGCACUUGGUAAUCUUAGUGCAGGAAAUGUCAGUAAAUAUUUACCAAUUAUAAUUGAACAAAUAGCUGGUGAUCAGAAACAACAAGGUGUUAAAGCUUUAGGCCCUUUUGCAGAUAAAAUCUGGAAUAUAUUGUUUGAUAGUGGUAAAGGCGAUGAAGAGGAGGGUACCAGAAGUGUAGUAGCAGAGUGUCUUGGUAAAUUAACAUUAGCAAACCCAAAUAAAUUUUUGCCAGAGCUUCAGAAACGUCUUCGAUCUACAUCUGCACAAACUCGUGGUACAGUGGUGACAGCUGUCAAAUUCACAUUUAUCAACCAAGGACAACAAUAUGAUGAAUUGUUAAGACCUAUUAUUAUAGAUUUCUUGUCCUUGAUUAAAGACGGAGAUUUGAAUGUUCGUAGGCUUUCAUUGGGAACAUUAAAUUCAGCUGCACACAAUAAACCACAUUUGAUUCGUGAUGUUCUGAAUCAACUUUUACCAUUAUUAUAUGAAGAAACAGUUAUAAAAGAACAUCUUAUUCAUAUGGUGGAAAUGGGACCAUUCAAACAUAAAGUUGAUGAUGGUCUUGAUAUAAGAAAGUCUGCGUAUGAAUGCAUGUAUACGUUAUUGGAAACAUGUCUUGAUAAACUUGAAAUAUAUAGGUUGGAUGAAACGGUUGAUCCACUUAAGGGAACGUUAACACAUCGUAUGAAAGAUAACGCUGUUAAAUCAGAAAUUGAUAAGAAUAACGAGCUGUGUCGAUCUGCAAUUAGAGUUGUGGUGACUUUAAGUAAAUUAGCUACUGGGCAUGGCGGAGGUACACCUAAAUUUGAUGCAUUUGUAAGAGAUACAAAAGUAGGACAUUGGUCUGAAUAUUAUAAUUCUUAUCAAGUCGAAAUGGGAUCAAAAGAAUUUAUAAUUACAGGUCAUGGUGAUAGUAUGGAUACUUCAUAA